AUGGACAAGAGGACAUGUAAUGUGGAUCAGGGUGCAGGGACAAGAGGACGUAAUGUGAAUCAGGGUGCUGACAAGAGGACAUGUAAUGUGGAUCAGGGUACAGGGACAAGAGGACAUUUUGUUCUUUAUAAUGGAUUCCCCCCCGGAUGGGGACUUGUGGAAAACUCUAGUAACAGCAGAGCCGGGCUCUAUGCGCAGUGUAAGAGCAUUCGCCCCGAUGCCUAUUUGAAGUAUCACGAAAUACACAGCUCUGUGUCCUCGUCACAAGGUGACCGCUGGGAAGAUGCACAGCAGAGGAGGCGGGCCCUGCACCAGGUCAUCCUUUGUUUGCUCCUGACUGCCCCUUACGAAGACAGAUUCUGCAUCAAUAAGAUCCCUCGAAUUUUGGAAAACAGUGCCGAAGACGACAUCGACUUCGACGUGGAGAAAGUUGAAGAAGCUUUCAAGGAGCUUGAACAAUAUAUCUUACUGAUCGCUCAGUCGCCAUGGAAACCAGAAUUACAUCAAAUAAAGCUCUACAACGGGUUUUAUAAAGUGAAAGUGGAAUCAAGAUUAUCUCGAGCAGUAGACAUAUUAGAAAUUAUAGGAUUUGAGAAAACGUCUCCAGACUGGCUUCAGUUAAGGACUCCAGUGAACGUGGAUUGGUGCUACAAACUCGCCUUCGACAUGUUCGUAGCUUCUGCCGAAUGCAAGCUUCUCAGUUCUGCUUUUCGCCGAUUGGUCCCAAUCGGAUUUUUACCCGUCGAUAUUGUGAAGGGUCGUCGAUAUGUCCAGGGAGAUCUUGAUAUGUUAGAGACUUGGCUCGUUGAGAAUUGUAAACCCAAGUCCAAAUCUCAUCUCGCUAAAGGUUGGGAUUCUGACCGUCGUGCUGAUACAGAUAUUGUUGAACUGCCGAUUAGGCAGCAUAAACUCACGCAAAGUGGAAUAGUAAGAGUUGACAGUCCCCAGAGAGGACCCAUUGGCUUAGAAUCCCGUGGGUCUCGGGGCAGAAGGACGGUUUCUGGUUACGUAACGGAACCUUGGUCAUUACUUCGAUCUAGAGCUGUUAAGGCAGCCCCGUUCAGGUUAACACCAGAGAACUAUGACACUCCAGUUUCUCAGCACACCUCAUGCUUUGAAGAAGGGACAAUAGACGAUCACCUAGCUGCGGCGAGUCUGAUGACAAUGCCCCAAGAGCCAGCCAAAAAAGGACUGAAAGCGUCCGUUUCAAUGAGCGACGAGUGGAAUUAUGUUAGAGACGGGCUAAUACAGAAAUACGGCAAGAGUUAUUUUCAGGGAGAGAGAGGAGACAUCUUGGCUGACACGAGACGAGUGUCUAGUUUUGAUGAAAAACAAGAAAGAGGGGUUGACCUCGAAGCUCUUGAUACAGAAAGGAACGAAGCUCCAACAUUACCACCCAGAAUAGGUAAAAAUUUGACAAAAACAAGUUAUCCCUACAGUAAGCCCAACGGAGCUGCGCCACUGGACUCAAGGCUGCAUGUGCAUCGCCCCCCCUCCGCUUGUAGCCCGAGGCUCCAAACCCGGUAGUGGACUUCAACAAGAAUUAGCUGAUGUCUGUGAUGGCGUUCCUGUGGAGGACGGUAGCCGGGCAAACAGCGAAGAUCUUCUAGUAAGCCAGAGAGUCCGAAUGAAAUCCUCCUCGGAUGUGCUCCCGUCAGGAGGUGCUAAAGCCGCCGCCUUAAAAAGCGCUUUCUUUAAAGAUAAGCUACAAGAUUAUGAGAGGCUGGAUCAGAAGUUGAGCUUUCCUGGAGAUUUGCCGGACUUCGAACAUAAUCCAUCUAUGCAAACUGACAGAACGUGGUCGUGUGAUUCGUGUACGUUUCGUAAUCAAAUCUCGGAUAGCGUUUGUAGUAUGUGUGGGAAAACUGGGCAGGCCAAAGCAGAGCCCAGUAACAGACCACAGGUUAGAGUCUGUCAGCAAUGUACUUUUGAAAAUCUGCCGACAGCAAAGUUUUGCGAAGUAUGUGAAAAGUGUUUGGACACUUUUGAAACUGAAGUUUGACUUGCUGUCUUAGUGGCGUUUGGUUUUGUUGAGAGUGCUGUAAGUUUACGCUGGGAUGUGGUGUGACCGUCUUAUGCUGACAAAGUUCGUGGUAUUUGGGCAAGACUUGUAUCGCCUUCUUCAUACAUAAGCCUAUACUGUGAUAGUAGUGUAUUUAGAUAUCAUAUCAUUCAUCUCAACUCAAUAUUGAACUGUUUAGAUCUCUGUCUUGGUAACCCAUCUUGCUGCGACACUUCUGCUGGUCCACACCCUCAAGUAAAUUACAUUUCAUGGAAAUCAUAGGAUUCAAUCUCGAGAAUAGUCAUACCGAAGAAUUUGAAAUCAAUUUUAUUGUUCUCGCGCAGGGCGAAGGGAUAGAUCGUGCUGACCCGUCUGGUGUCUAUAUUGUGACUCAUGGCGGGCGUCAGUAUACUGUGACUGUCAUGUCGGGUGUCAGUAUAUACUGUGACUCUCGUGUCUGGUGUCAGUAUACUGUCUGACUGUGACUGUCAUGUCGGGAGUCAGUAUACUGUGACUGCCAUGUCUGGUGUCAGUCUGUUGUGACUGGUUGGGGCGUUAGGUAUUGGUGUCUGUAUACAGUUACAUGUACUGGAUGAAGGUAUGGAGUUGGUUGGCCGUGUUCACAGCUUUUAGCUUCCACAUUAACAGCUCUGAAUCGUUAAAUUCAUUAACCUGGAACUCGGUUCUGUUGCCUGCCCUGUCCUCGAAUUGUCAAAGCUGAACGGGCUGAAACAGCUUUCAAGUGAUCUUAAAGUAAUUCUGAAUUCAUAUCUCCUCAUUAUGCGGAAUAAUAAAAAACAUGAGGUCGCUAUUAACACAAAUGUAAAAGGUGCAUCAAUUCCAUCUUCCUGGUGCUGUAGGCUUCGUAAUCACUCUUGCGUUAUUUUAUAUAUUAAAGUCUUCAUAAACCUUCUCUUUCGACAGCCAAUGGCAUUGCGACCCGCGUACUUCCGCCAAGGCAUUUUCAGCCAACCAUUAAUCGUCCCUUGUUUCGAAGCCAGUGCAUGUACGUUCGGAUCCCAUUUACUCUUAGACGCAACAUUACACAACAGCAAUAACCAGUGUUGUUGAACGAUGAUGGAUGUGCUUUUAUUGAAACGAACAGGCAGCGGAAAAUCGCUGUGCUAUUAUAGGCAAUACAGGUGAUAAGGAAAGAGACCGAACAGCCGAUCGAUAUAGCAUAUGUUGUUGUUUCGCCACUAAUUGCCAUCAAGCCUAUUUUCCCUCAAAAUGACGCCAUCCCCCGACCUUCAACGAUAGCCCUUAAAACAUCGAUGUGCAGUCACACCCCAAUUUGUUUUAAACUUCUGUCCGUAUCAGUAAAUAAGGUACAGUCUGAGUGGACUAUGAAUCAGGUGUAUUUAUGAAGGAAAGUUCAGGGCUUUGAAGAGCUCAGUAAAUCAAGGCAGAUAGUGUCGAAAAUGGCUACCUUAAUUAAAUGAAGAUGCUCCACUUCGCAACUUCGCAAGCCACCAUUUUCGAAUCACGUGAUUCCAUUUGCUUGGGUGGACUCGCCAGCUCUUCAGAAAAUUAAGAUCAUCUUUUUCCGCCACGGUUGCUUUCUGUUCAUUAUUAAAACACAAAUUAAAGUUAAGACUCCCAAGUAAGUUGCCCAUCGCCCUAUUAAUGGUGUACAUCUUCUUGGUUUCCACGAGUUUUCCUUUUUCCGGGCGAUGCCGAGUGCGGCCGACUCGAAGCGAAAAUGGCGGUUAGCGAAGUUUGGCUUGCGGUCAGUGUGGCAGGUACGAAGUUAUUGCCUUUAUUAUUCACGAAGUAGGUGAUGUGUAGUUAGAACUACUGUAGUAUUAAAGGUAAUAUGUUUUGUAGCGUACACCUUUGCAUAUUGAGGACAGCAUACUCGAAAAGACAGAGUUCCAGGUCAGUGAAGUGGAGAGUACAGAUUUGUAUUUAUCCGUGUUCUGUGUCCGUAUGUUUUACUGGGUAGGACGUCAUGUCUGGCGUUCGUAUACGCUGAUUAGAUGGGACGUCAAUAAAUCUGUUGAAGGCUGUCAAAUAGUACCUCCAAACACUGAAGAGGCCAAUUUAACAGAGCGGCCCCUAAUUAUUUGUGUCCAUACCGUGAUAUCGUUACUUCCUAAAUCAUGAAAAAAAUCACCAUCCUUUAAAACCUUAAACCUUAAAAAAUCAGAUUUGAGAACCAACAUGGUUUGAGAGUCUCCUUUUCUGUUGAUAUGGUUAACUUUCACAUGAAUGCAGAUAUACUGUCAAAGAAAGCAACAAGAGUGCCUUCAUUUUCGUUGUAGUGUGCUGGGAAUUAACUGUGUGGUUAGAACAUACAUUGAUGGUUUGAUAUGACGCAGUCCUGAGUGAGAAUCCUAACUGCGCCUGUCACUACGGCACUGCGUCUAGCACAGUGUCACAUUAUUGACACCAAUUUGUAGCUAUAAACUCAGUGUUGUACCACACAGGUAUUUUUCGUAAAAUAUUGAUAGACAGCCCUAACACCAGAAGAAAUCACAUAGGUCUUUAGUAAAUGACAUCAUUGUCAAAACCCAUAUACUAACGAGCGUCUUCUUUGACGAUAUUUGUGAAAAACGUGUCAGUUUUGAAAAAAAUGUCAGAUUGACCUGACUGUUUAUGGACCGAACUUUUUAAAAUCUACGUAGACCAUUGUCCAGCGUGACUAAAUUUGUCUUGAUAUCCAAUACAUGUCAUGUAUUGUGAUCUGUGUGUGCAUACUAGUUAACAGAGGUCAAGGAUUUUCGGUAAUUAUGGCUCUUUUCACACAAAACGUGUACUGUAAGUGAAAUAUAUCUGGAUAGGCCUGUUUGUAAGCUUAAUCUUAAUGCAAAUGGAAUAACGUCUGAAUGGUAAAGCAGCUAAACUAGGCCUAAUCCAUCUGUUUUUAGAUGUUGUUGAAAAUCUGUCGAUUAUAAAUGUGUCCUGCAGCUUGAAAAGACCCCCGUUUCAAUAUAAUCUCUGAAAAGGCCACUAAAGCUCCAUAUUUAAAAAGUGUCGUAAAAUUUUAUUAUGAGAAAUGAGAGUUGGAAAUUCUGCGUCAUUCUCUAAGAAAAAUAACACUCUACCAGCAUACAAUGUAGAUGUUGUCAAAGGUGUUGUGACUUCUGAGUGUAAAAAUAAAGAAGCGAUUCUUACUAACAGGAGUUGUUUUUAC